AUGUCGUUUGCUUCUAAUAACGGUACGGAGGAAGACAAGAAUGCAAAUUCUGUUGGUGAGGUUGAAUCUACCAAAGAAGAAAAAAAAGAAGAUAGCAUAAAGGUUGAUGAAGAUGGUGAAGAUGAAAAUGGUGAAGAUGGUGAAGGUGAAGAUGGUGAAGGUGAGCCCGAGCCUGAUAUUAUAGACGGUGAUCAAUUGGAAAGAGAGUUCCAGGAAAGUGCCAGAAAGUAUCUAGCAGAACAAACAGCUCAUGUUAUCAUACCUUCCUUUGCCAAAUGGUUUGAUUUCAACACAGUCCAUGCAAUUGAAAAAAAAUCGUUUCCCGAUUUUUUCACCGAUGAAUCUGUAUACAAGAAUCCUCAAAGCUAUAAAUACAUUCGAGAUUUUUUAAUCAAUACGUUUAGAUUGAAUCCCAGAGAGUACUUGACAAUUACCUCGGUAAGAAGAAACUUGUCGGGUGACGUGACAAAUAUAAUAAGAGUACAUCAAUUUUUGGAGAAAUGGGGGUUGAUAAAUUAUCAAAUUGAUCCAAAAACUAAAUCUUCAAUUUUGGGGCCACAAUUUACAGGCCAUUUUCAAGUUACCUUGGACGCUCCUGAAGGACUUAUCCCUUAUGUACCAGAAAAUGCAAGUAUCGCCAAAUCAAACCAGUCAAAAGUUUUCAUUGGAGAGCUUGAACUAGGAGGAGGAGGAGGAGGAGGAGGAGAAGAAAAAGAGGAAGAAGAAAAAGAGGAAGAUGUGAAACAAGAGAAAAAAAACGGAGUCGAGUUAGACUCAAUCCAAUUAAUACCGGAAAUCAGGAGAAACGUUUAUGCUCCAGCAGAGAAAAAAAUCGAUUUCAAAUUGAACAAUCUCGUCCAUUAUGCAUGUAGUAUUUGUGGGAAGGAUGCUACGGAAGUUCGAUACCACAAUUUGAAAAUAAAGUCAUAUUCAUACAACCCAAACUCAUCGACAAAUAAUGUAAGUGUAUUAUGCUCCAUUUGUUACGAACAAGGGUUAUUCCCUCUGAAUUUCACUUCAGGCGACUUUGUCAAAUUGAAGAAACUGGAAAACUCGCAAGAUUGGACUGAACAGGAGAUUUUAUUACUACUCGAGGGUAUUGAAAUGUUUGGUGCUUAUGAACCAACAACAACAGCAGCAACAAUUAACGCUUCCAACAUCAAUGUGAACACUAAUAACCAAUGGAACAAAAUAAGUGAGCAUGUUGCAACUAAAACAAGAGAACAGUGUUUGACAAAGUUUUUACAACUACCAAUCGAAGACAAAUUUUUAUCUAAACUAAUAAAUGAUGAACCUCAAACAUCUUCACUCAAAGAUAGAUCAGCUCUUGUUGAAGAGAUUGUUAAGGAAUUAGUCAAAACUAAUGAAGGGAAAGUAGUGGUUGAGGAAAAUGCAAAAGAAAAUCUAUCAAAUUCCAUUAUUGAGCAAACUAGCUUAAUAAACCAAGUCAUUGAAUUAACCAUUGAGAAAGUGAAUUUGAAACUAGAAAGGAUUGAUCACUUGCAGUCAAACUUGAUCACGUUACAAAAUCAACUCACAAAGGAAAGAAAAGCAAAUCUAUUGGAAAGGUGGGCACAAUAUGAAAAAAUCCAAAAAUUAAAACAAUCAAGACCAGAUUUGAGUGAUGUUUUGUCUGAUUUAUUAAAGCCUGUUGGAAUCAAUGAGAUUGAUAGAAAUGAACAAGUAUCGGAUAAGGAAGAUAACAUUGAACUUGAUAAACCAAAUACGACCAGCCAAUUAAGAAGAGGCAAAGAAGAGACUGAUCAAUUACCAGUUAGUUACAAUGAACCCAAAAGUUAUCAAUUUUGGUCUGGCUGA